GUGAAAUAUAAAAUUUACUCUCCCUCCCCUCUAAACCCUCAACCAAACACCACAUUCAAAACAAUCAAAAGGAUUAUAUGAAGCCCAAUUCAUUAUUCCAACCAAACUCACCCGUCAAGUAUUAGGACUCGUCCUCUUUAAUGCGUUUUUUGCCCGACGUACUUAAACCCUAUUUCAAAGUCCGAACACUCCGCCUCGUAAAAUUGUUGUUCUGUUCACAGAGGAAAAUGCCUUCUGUUGAAGAAUCGGAUGUUGGGAUUGUCUGUUACAUCUCUCAUCUCCCUGGCUUCAGUGGAGUUCUCAAGCAGAGGUAUUCGGAUUUUAUUGUAAAUGAAGUAGAUUUGGAUGGAAAUGUUGUUCACUUAACCUCACUGGAGGCUCCUUUAGAGAUUGCUGAGCAGAAAAAAGAAAAGAUAGCAGAUGUGAUGGAGAAAGAUUAUUCCACCGAGAUGGAGUCUUUUAGAUCUCUUGCUGGUGAUUCUGAUACGGAGAAGUUGAAAGCUUUCAUAGAUCAAAUCGGUGAAGUAGCUAAAAGCAAUAAUGAAUCUGUUGUUCUUUCUCCUAGCUCUGAUAAGUCCCAUCGCACGGCUAUUCAUAACUUCUUCAAGGAGAGACUGAAAUUCCUAGUUACUGACACUGUUGAUGGGCCAGAUACCCUAUCAAAGUGUAUUCGUGUGCGGUUGAAUUCAGGAAGUAAUAAUGACAGGGGAAAGAACUCAAGGAAAAGAAAAGAGCGAGGUCAUAAACCCUAUGAUAGUAGAGGCUCAGACAGUUGGCCUACAGACAUGGGCAAGUUCCUCAGGUGAUG